GCAGCAGUAGUAACUUCAGGCUACACUAGGGGCGGAGUUUGACCCCUCAAGUCCCAAAACAUCACUAAUCCGCGUCGGACGUUCAGUUUAGUACAGGCCAUCAUCAUCAUCAUCAUCAUCCUCAUCAUCCUCAUCAGAGCCGCGUGUGUGGAAAAGGGGAGGCAUUUCCACCCAAACAGCGCAGUCUGCGAGGAAUCCCACUGAGACUGUGGCUGUCCGCGUCGCAGGAGUUGGCAGCGCUGCUCGGAUAGUGCGUUUCUCACAUAUCUGCAGUCCUUUCCAGCCAGUUGAAUUUUCAGGAUCUGGAGGAGGAGGAGGAGGAGGUGGAGGAGGAGGAGGAGGAGGGGAGGUCGAGGGAUUUGCGCGUUGACAGCUGGACCGCCCUGAAACCUCCAGUUGCAGACCAUCUUUAAAGGUUCCAUUCAAUGUCUAGAAACAUAUGCCUGAGGCUGCCCUGUGGCUGAUCCUGACGAUGCUUUCCACAAACCGCUGUGGAGGUGCGUGGGGAUGAAGCGGAUGGAGCCCAUGGCCAGACCAACGCACCAGCUCCCAUGUCCCAGCAUGUCCAGCUGCAGCAAGUCUCCCCCCGACUCUGGAGAAGCUGCAGGCUCUAACUCCAUGGCAUGGGUGAAGAUCUUCAAGAGACCAGGAGGAGGCCUGAAGAAGUCUUACCAGCCUGGGAGCAUGCUCUCUCUCGCACUCACCAAGGGUCUGCUGAACGAGCCGGGGCAGAACAGCUGCUUCCUGAACAGCGCUGUUCAGGUGCUCUGGCAGCUGGACAUUUUCAGGAGAAGUCUGAGGCAGCUCUCAGGUCACUUUUGUCUCGGUGAUGCCUGCAUAUUCUGCGCACUGAAGAGUAUAUUCAGCCAGUUUCAGCAGAGCAGAGAGCGUGUGCUUCCCUCCGACAGCCUGCGUAACGCCCUCGCUGAAACUUUUAAGGAUGAGCAGCGUUUCCAGCUCGGUCUGAUGGAUGACGCUGCUGAGUGCUUUGAGAACAUCCUGGAGCGGAUCCAUUUGCACAUAGUUUCUGACACGUCAACUGAUGCCUGUUCAUCCAAAUCCUGCAUUACCCAUCAGAAGUUUGCAAUGAUGCUCUAUGAGCAGUUUGUGUGCCGUUGUUGCGGUGCAUCCUCAGACCCACAUCCUUUCACAGAAUUUGUACAUUAUGUCUCCACCACUUCUUUAUGCCAACAGGUUGAUCGCAUGCUGGGAAAGAACGAGAGGUUCAGGCCAGACAUGUUUGGAGAACUGCUGCAAGCUGCAAACAACACAGGCGACCUCCGAAGCUGCCCGAGCGACUGCGGUCAGAGUAUCAAGAUCCGUCGGGUUCUCAUGAACUGUCCUGAGAUCGUGACCAUCGGAUUCGUAUGGGAUGCUGAGCAGUCUGAUCUCACAGAUGAUGUCAUCAAGUCCCUCGGUCCACGUCUGAACUUGUGCGGGCUUUUCAACCGAGUCACCGAUGAAACUGCCAAGCGGAGCGAACUGCAUCUGGUUGGGAUGAUCUGUUUUUCAAGUAAACAUUACUCAGCCUUUGCCUACCACACCAAAUCUUCAAAGUGGAUGUUUUUUGAUGAUGCCACCGUUAAAGAGAUUGGAUCCAAAUGGAAAGAUGUUGCCUCUAAAUGUAUCAGGGGACAUUUCCAACCGUUACUUUUGUUUUACACCAAUCCUGAAGGGAGUCCCGUGUCCAGUGAAGAUGCACCAAGACAGACCACUAUGUGUCCUCGCUACAAAGCCCAAGUCAAUGGUGACAUGACUAUGAAACAUCCGUUUGGUAGUCCUAACAAAUUCCCGGAACCUUUCAUGGAGAAUCUGCAGAGGCCUGGUGACACUAUAAAAAAAGACAGAGGACAUCAAAGAAUUGAGCCACCACAACACAAAGACAUGAUACAUGCAAGACCGUCAUCUCCACUAGAGAAUGGGCCGCGGCCUCCCGUUGAGAAAGCAAGAAGUCAUCCACGAACAGAAAAGCCAUCUAACCAUUUAAGCCGAGGUUCCCAGGAGCCACACGGACAGUCCUGCGGUGCACAGAGUGGCGGGCACAGCCGGAGGACCAGCACUUCCCCGGGUCGCUACGAUCAGGAGAGCUGUCACGAACAGUGGGAAAGAGGCGGAAGUGGGGGAAGCAGAACCAAGUCCAAGUCUACCUGGAGACCCAUCCGGGAAGUGCUGAAUGUGGACACUGUACUGAACGAACUGGAGCAACGGCGUCAGCAGCAACAAGAAAGCCCCCGGUGCAGCAAGUCCUCGUCCCAGGAAAGAGUGCGAACUGAACAAAGCAGAGACUGUGAGCGGGAAUACACAAGAGCCACAGAAGAACGGAGGCAGAAGUGUUUGAUGACGAUUUAUGAGGAUGAGCAGCGGCACAAGACUGAGAGUCACAGCUCUGCAGAAUCGGAGAGCAAGAACAGCCAACAGAGGGGCGGCCGACUCAAAGGCUGCCCCAAAACUCUGCUGCGAAGCGACACCUGGACCAUUCAAAGAACAGAGUCAGGGUACGAGAGCAGCGACAGGCUCAGCAGCGGCUCCACCAAUCCUGACUCACCUGGGGUCGAUGGGUUUACUAUCAGACCAGAACAGAGAUCCACACCCGAGCUACAUUUGCAAAGCGAGCUGCAUCAAAAGGGAGACAGCGCAAAAUCAAGUACAUCAUCCUCACCUUUACACAAUGGUAAACAUCAAGCCAAAUCUCAGGGCAAAAAGUACGACCAAGCUUCACUUUCACAUCUGAAAUACAGUCCAAGUUCAAGACGGAAAUCAAAGUACACCAGCAGCUCCAGAAAAGUGGUGUCUUCAGAGAAGAGCUCUGCUGGUCCAGAUAACUGGCAGUACUGCGAGCAACAGGAGUUGACAAACUGUAGAGGACACGGUGGUGAAAGUACAUUUCCGAGGCACAUCAUGAAAACCAGUAGUUCAGAAUGGAACAGCUCUGAUGAUUUGGCCCUCUCCGAGCCCGAGGACAGGGAAAGCACUUACCUCUCCAGUAACAGCGAGGCUGUCACAUCUGAUUCCCAGUGCUCCAACACACCCCUGCCAUACCACACUCCCAGCAACGGGACGGCAGAACCUCUCCAGCCAAACAGCCAGCGCCAGCUUGGUACAACAGGGUCGCCCAGCCUCCGUUCCACCCAGCGGAUGCCUCCUCACGAGGGCGAAGCAGGCCACUCCACUUUUCGGCCCAGGAUGCUUCAAGAACCCUUUCCAUCAAGUCCUCGCCUCCCAUCCACAUCCUACAUUAGUCCUCGCAGGAAGCCUGACAUGUCAUGCCUACGGACCUUCUCGGAUGCAAGUUCGAAGUCGGGCUCUGACCCAGAGAGGAGUACUCAGUCAUCGUGUGAAAGUGAAGAAAGACUUGCUGCGUACAGGGCGGAGCAGGCAGCGCCAGCUCAAGAGGUUUCUCUGACUACAUACUUUAACGUGGACAACUGUAUGACGGAAACAUACCGUCUCAAGUACCACAACCAGAGGCCUCUUGUCCUCUCUGCCACAGUGCCACGGACAGCAACUGCCAGCGAGCGCAGAGAUAACAGCCACACGCUCCCCCCAGAAUCCCACUCACAAGACGUGCCAAAUGUCAGACCUGAAACAAGCCAUAAUAGCAAUAAGCCCACUGCAAAAUGGAACCCAGUGACAGCCAAAGGACUGGACCAGCGUGGCUUUUUAUGAUUGUGAGCUUUGUUUACACGGCUGGACGGUGUGACUGGAUGCCAAAGAGUUUACAGAAUGGAAGUAUGUUUGGUACCCCACAUUUCCAAACUGGGUAACAUUUAUUUAUGCAAGCUUGUCACAUCAGUAAAGCCUAACUCUAAAUGCUGUUAUGCGUUUGUUUGAUGGAUGAUCAACUAUCACAUAUCUUCCUUUUGUCCCACAGUGUUGCUGUGAACCAAAAUCUUUUUUCAGUUUGCACAAAGAGUUGUUUAGUUUUUCUAACUCUUUUUAAUCACCUCAUGUCCAGUUUGAAAUAUAUAUUUAUUAUGUAUAUUUUAUAAUUUGUGCAAUAGUUCUGCAAAAGUGCUGCCAUAGCGACGAUGUAUCUAAACAGAUUCCAGGUGAGCAUUGAGAGAUUAUGAAGGUUCGCAGACGUUGGUGUGGUCUGCGAAACAAUUACAAGGUUUAUAAGAUGAAAUGAUAUGUUAUAAGAGUCUUUAUAAAUUAUGUGUUCAAAAAACACAAAAUAAAACCAUGUUUUGCCUCAUCAAUGGUAGAUUAAAGGUAGAUCACCUGUCAGAGGAAAUGGAUUGGAAAUGUUGUUUUUUAUUUAUUUCAUGGUAAACUAAUAAGUAGGCACACUCUGGGCUUUAUCUCAGUUGAUAGAUAAUGCAGCAGUAAUCCACAUUCGGUUACUGAUUUGUUUCAAGUGCUAUAAUUUAUUAUCUGUUUUAUAACAUUUUUGUGUUAAUGAAUGACUGUGAGCCGUCUCAAGUCACCCUGUCUUGCCGCGGAAAUCUGUCGACAAAGAUUGUGAUUUGACAAAGAGAAUAAAACGAGAUGCAAAGUGAAUGCCCCUUUUUUAUAUGAAAAUUAGAUUAUUAAAAUGUGUAUUCUUUUCUUUUCUUUUUUUUUUUGCAUGGCUGCAUUCAGUUUAUGGCAUUUUACAAAAUAUAAUGUUUUUAGAGCAUGUGAUCCUGUAGAUGGGGCAGCCCUCAGGCUAUUCAGUAUGUCACCGUACACAGUCACACAACCUUGUGUAUUCUACCUUCGAUUUGCUGGUUCUUGUAAUCCUUCUUUUGUAAUUCACAGUGAUGUCAGAGUAUAUAAACCUUUUCCAGUCUUCCUCUUUGAGUAGACAGAUUUGAACAAAGUCUACGUUUGCAGGUGUUUUCAUAAUGAUGCCAUAAUGAUGUAACCGAAACGUCUGACAUAAUUACUAACCGUGCAACUUAACACACCGGUAUUCUUGUUGGUAACAAUAAUCAUCUGAAUCUCAAACCUGCAUGUGGCCUUUAAAGAUCAUACUAGCUGUAUGUACAGCGUGAGCAUGAGCAUGAAAAUGCUGGACUUUUUUAGUCCAGUUUACCUAACAUUAUAUGGGAUUCUAUUUAAUUGUAAUAAAAUGAAUUCAUCAAGUAGCAAUUUCUAACCAUGAUUGAUUUAAACACUUGAAUGUUUUUCUCUUCCUCACACAAGAAUACUGAGUAUUGUUUAUGCAUUUCAAGUAUGUAUAUAAUAGAAUCAACACACUGGGAAACACCUAACUGUUCAAGACAUGCUAUGCAUUCACUAAAUUUGCUGUACUUUAAAAUGACUUGAAAUGCACAUUUUGGUGUUUUUUCUAAGUCUUUGUAUUGCGUUUGUCCGGCAUUUCCAAUGUAAAAUGUAAAAAAUAAAUGUUGCUCCCCUUUCAAAUAUACUGUACAUAAAAGUUUGUAAUUUCUGCUGACUAAACUGCUAAGUCUUUUCCUAAUCGUACAUUUUGUGCACAUGUCAUAUCUGCUCAAAGUAACCUUUGUCCAGGUAUUUAGCAACUCU